UUGAAAAUUUCAAUGUUCAAGAAUCAAGGUGCAAAAUGUGAAAGCACUUCAUUCCUGGAUCCUCCCCUGUCCCAGGCGCUAGGCUCUAACAAGGAAGCAGUUUGUUGAUAAGCGCAGUACCAGUCCUGCUUUUUCGUUCUAGUGUUCUACUACUGCAUCCAUGAGCAGUUUGAAUAGCUUUGUGAAAAAAAUUAAUCACUGCUGCGUAAUUGUCUAGCACUCUGAUGAUCACACAACAAUACUUCGAGGUAGGAGAGGUUAUGUCAGUGAGACUGUUGUCUGUGCGGGAUAAACGCACUUUAUAUCAAGUAUCUGCUGGUGCACUGGGAAUAUACAAGUCUCUACACGGAUCUGGGCUGUGAGAUUUGUUUCUUGGCUCUGGGAUUGGAGGAGUGGGACAUGUCGCUCAACUGCCGCGUCUUUUUGGAGGUGAAACGGCUUAUUCAAGCUGCUCAGCUCAUUGUGGACGUGACGUCAUGCACGUGUGAUCGAGCUGGUCCCAGUGAUGGCAGUGAUCUGGAGCUGAGCGUGGAAGAUGGGAGCAUCACGCUAAGCCGUGCCUGCGGCUGUGUGCGGUGUAUAGAUCUGCAGUGUGACGUCAUGGUGAAUGGGUGCAGUGCCGUACGCUGGGUCGACGGCGAUGGGUUGCAUCUGAGGCUGCCGGUGACCAGGCUGCCUGUGAAGCUGGCGUAUGAUGAUGUUCUGAGUGCGCGGGAAGGAUGCGACAUGGUGCUGGUGUGUGCACAAUGUACAUCGACUAUUACACGACGUGAUGGCUGCACGAUCACCCGUGUUCUUCCCUUGCCCUCGUCCAACUGGUCUGCGGCCGCUGAGCAAUGGUUCUGUCCGUGUAAGCCCAAUCGCCCAGCCAUGCACCAUGGUAACUUUGUGCCACAGCGCGAGGGAGAUUGCCUACAAGGAGAUGACUGCUGGAUCGUGCGUUUUCGUAGUGUUGAGCAAACCAAGAUUGACCAAAGUGAAGUCGAAGAUGGUGUUAGUUCAAAGAUCUCAUGUAUAACGUGCAACAGUCAUCUCGGUACUGCGUUGAUCUCCAGUAAGAAAGGCAAUCCUGAAAGUGAUACUGGCAACGCUGAGAGCGAUGCUGGCGACUCUGCUGGUUGCGAGGACGAAUCAUGCGCAUCAUUUCUGCGAGGCCAUGUGCUAUGUCUUGCAGCCAAGCAUGUGGACGAAGACAAGAAAAUCACAUGUGCUUGUUUUCUAGAGGAUUGUCUCAGUGAGCUGUUACUGGAGGCCAGUCAAGACAGUGGCUGCUCCAAGUUUCUGCUGCAGUCGUAUUGCUCACAGUCACCGGCAUCGCUGGAGGACAGGGACGCUACCGACAAUGUUGCACGUCUGUGGCUAAUGUCAACAUGUGCGGAUGUGCUGUCCGUUGACACUUGGACUGACUGCACGUCACCCUCACCUGCUGACAAGCAGCAGCAGCAGCAGCAGCAGCAGCAACAACAGUGUGCUUUGCGGUGUAGCCUACAUCCAAAGCAUGAACAUUUCCAACAAGGAUUGAAGGUCUUGUACAAGCCAUGCACUAAAGACAACGGGGAGGAGGAGGCAUUAUGGUUAGCAGACGGUAGCAGUGGUACACAGUCGAUGAGUCUCACACGCUACUUAGCAGAUCGGCUACUUGCGCACCUGAAUAGCAGCAAUGCCGUGCUGCCGCCAUCUCUCCGACACUUUGACGGAUACAAGGUUGGCUACCUGUUUAGACUGAGCAAGCAAGAGGACAGCAAGCAAGACGACAGCAAACAAGAGGACAGUAGUAGACCCACACUGACAAAUAGCUAGUGCUACGGCAGUGCAGUUAGUGCAGUUAGUACAGUUAGUACUGGUUGCUAUGGAUAUUGCAGACUGUAGCACUAGACUGCUCCAGCGCCAGACAGCUUUGUCAGUUCGGUGGCUCUCCGUUCAACAGUCGAACCAUCUUCUAUAUCUGCGUUCAUGACACUCAGGGUGCAAGAGUCUGCGCCUUGGAAUGGCGAUGAGGACCAACACUGUGUGUGCGUGUGUGUAUGUGUGUAUGGCCAAUUCAUCCGCCUUGCAAGCUGUUGAAUGGUGUAAUCCCAGCACAAGUUGCUAUGUCUAACAUAGCUGUUCGCUAUCAUCGCUUCCGCGAUGGGCAUGUCUGAGUCUGAGUGUGUAUGUAUGUGUGUGUGCGUGUGUGUGCGUGUGUUUGACCGGUAUAUAGACCUCAUGCGCGUGCAACAUGUCUCUAAAAAGUGGACAGCUCUUGACUAGAAAGAUCUUUGGAGCCACAUUCUGUAUCUCCAUGCGUGUGAUUGGCUAGUUGCUGCACAUGUGUGUGCGCGUGCCUUCUUGCCAAAGUGUUUGGAAGUUGGACUAGUUGUGGCUCCACAAUGCAGUGUGUUGGUGCUACAAUAGCUUUCAUGGCUGAGGUUGCUGGUAUGUUCAUUGGCUCUGGAUUCCCGGUACUCAGCUACCAAGCCUGGUUGAUAAAGCAACUCCGAUUUCA